CACAGCCGCUCCACAAUACAACCCAUUUCGUGAGCUCGGAGGUUACUGCUGUGGGAGAACUGAAUUGUGGGCACAUCUGCACUUAUUGCAGAUUUCUAAUUGUCCUUGAAAAGGUUGGGAUGAGUCAUCUGCUUGACCUGUGCACAGUAUGUGGUGAAGGUGCUAUUGGGCAAGGAGCUAUGCUGCUGGUCAUUCAUAAAUUGAAACACUGGAAACUUUAAAGAGGCCACAAACAUAGAAUCAUAGAAUUCCUACAGUAUGGAAGCAGCCUUGCAGAACUGAAAAUAGACAGGAAGAGGUAAAAGGCGAUUUGAUGGAUUCGGGUACUGACAAAUGGGAAAUGAAAUAAGCGUGAGCCGAGCAACGCAGAGCAAUUGAUUUGGCAGGCGGGCGGGAUAUGAGAGUGCCUUUAAAAGAAGACGAUUAUGCCGGGAUCUGUGAAGAGUUGGAGAACUGAGAAAAGGAAGGAAGGAAGAUGAUUGGAAUUGAAAAUCAAGGAGGAAGCAGUGAAAUCCUGGCACUUGUGAACCAGCUAAAUGUACAUCUAGAACAGGAACCAAAAUAUCAGCCAAGGAUAAGUGGUUUGAAGGUCAUCGAAUCAGCACCUGAGAGUGGAAUUCGGACGACUGUGCGACUGAGAGAGUAUGAAGUCAAGGAUCUCCUUAGUCUGUCCCAGUUCUUUGGCUUUAGAACUGAUGCAUUUGUCCUAGCUGUCAGUUUGCUUGAUAGAUUCCUAGGAUUGAUGAAGGUGCAGCCAAAACAUUUAUGCUGUGUUGGCCUGUGCUGCUUUUACCUUGCUGUGAAAGCAACUGAAGAAGAGCACAGUGUUCCACUUGCCAGUGACCUGAUUCGAAUCAGUCAAUGUAGAUUCACCGUUUCAGAUCUGAUGAGGAUGGAGAAUAUUAUAUUGGAAAAGUUGCGCUGCAGAGUGAGAGGCCCAACUGCCUUGGACUUUCUGCGACUAUAUCACAAACUCAUUCUGAAUUGUUCUUCAACUGAAAGGAAAAUGAUGCUGAAUCUCGAGCGACUUGAAUCCCAACUUAAAGCUUGUAAUUGUCGCUUUGUAUUCUCCAAAACAAAAGGGUCCAUAUUGGCACUGUCAAUCAUUGCACUGGAGGUCCAAACACAGAAAUUGCAUGAAUUAACAGAGACCAUAGAGAAUCUACAACAACAUUCCGAAAUAAAUGACCAUGAUUUGUUCUAUUGGCGAGAUCAUGUUGCAGAAUGUUUAGCAGAAUAUUCAUCAUCUAGGUGCUCCAGACCUACUAGCAAAAAACUCAUGUGGAUUGUAUCAAGACGCACAUCCAGGCAACUUCACAGUUACCAUCAUAUAACUCCUCUUCCAACAAUUCCUGAAACUGCUACUUAUACUGAAUGAGAACUGUAAUACACCAUGCACCAAAAAGGAACAAUGGUUGUCAGAUUAAGUGCCUCAACAGUUAGCCAAUUUUGAUCAUCUUCACCAGAUGUCUUCCUGAAGAGCUGCAGCAUGCAGUGAAGUAGUGCAUGGGAUGUAAUUCUAAAAUAUAAUACUAGCAGCUAUCGUUUUAGUAUUGCAUUUCUAAAUGUUUUCUAAGUGAGAUAUGAUAUUCAGCUCUUUGUAUUCAACCAUCAUGUAACUAUGCAGAGUUCAGGCAAAUGUUGAAUUUUAUAUACACUUAUUUGAUUAUCAGUUUAACUUAAAACCUUAAUUAAUCUAAAAUAUUAAGUGAAAUUUGUAAUUACUUAAGAUACAAAUGCAUAUGACUCAUUCAUUUGGGAAGUGGAAAUUUAUUGAUUCUGUGUCCACUUCCAUUAUUAUACAUGUCGACUAUCAAUCAUUACUUUAUUUCUUCCUCCUACCUCAAGCUUGAAGAAUUGAAUUGCGGUCAGAUGCAGAAAGAUCCUAGAAGUGGACUAAACACAGAUUUAUUUAGUCAUUCUUUUCAGUCUACUAAUGCAUAUUGAUUUGGCAAAUGUAAUGCCUGUUUUUAUUUGCCAUGUCAAUAGCUGAGAGGAGGCUAUGGUUUCAUAAUACUCCAUUUCCCUUUAAUUUCUGCAGCUCUGACAAACCAUGGGGAGAACUUAAUUGAGCAGGUACGAUAGUGGGAGAGAUGCUGGGAGAUUUGGGCAGUUAUACACCCGUCUGAUUUCUGGUGUUGGGAAUACUGUCCCCAGUUAAAUCAGUGCAGGAAGGGGUUGACACAGGAAUCUUGUUACUCUUGGAUUUUCCUAAACUCUACAAACUUGCAUUUACACAAUGUUUAGGUUUGGUACAGUCUUUGAAGUAGAAGCUGUAAUUUUGUAAGCAGGAGAGUGGAAGAGUGAGGUUUUAUUUUAAUGAUUUUACAGAAAGAAAGUAUUUAAAUUGAUGUCAUCAUAUGCUGAAACUCAAUAUGCUCAAGUAGUGUUUCUAAUUCAAGGCUUCAGGUCCAGACAAAUGUGAGUUGCAUCACUGUUUCACUUGUGUGGAGGAAGCUGAAAGAGACUAUAGUUAAAUGUUCUGAUGGCUAUGCUUCAUUUUCAGUCUAAGCAUUGCAGAGUUGUUACAUGUUAUGUUCAAACUUUAGAGUAAACAAAUAGUGCCUUUAAUUUUUGUCCCUAAAAUGUUGACUAGUACUACCAAUUAGAAUUGCCUUGCAGAGAACAGUCUAGGGGAAUUGGUAUUGGCAUGUGUUGUGGUUUUUCUUGUAUAGGAAGGUGUAGCGCGAAUGUUGUUGCUAUGGGCAGACUAAGCCUGUGAUCCUUGUAGGGAGCCAUUCAUUCUCAGGUGCAAGGAAGAUACUAUUGUACUACAGGUUUUUUAAAUUUAAAACAAAGCUUUUAUUUAUGGCUCACUUCAAGCAUUGUUGUUAGGACCUUUUUUUGCCCCCCUUCUUCCACAGAAGGAAUAAAAAAUAUAAAAGAGAUAGUAAGAACUGCCGAUGCUAGAGUCGGCAACAACAGUGUGGAGCUGGAGGAACACAGUAGGCCAGGCAGCAUCAGAGGAGCAGGUCUGGACCCUUCUUCAGAUGGUGGGGAUUGGGCGGUGAGGUGGGAGAGAAAAUGGACAGGUAGUAUCAGGUCAAGGAGGCAGGGAUGAGAGGGAGGGUUGGUCAUGGGAUGAGGCCAAGGGUAGAGAGAUUUUGAAACUGGUAAAAUCCACAUUUAGGCCACAACCUGUCCAUCAUCUCUCCCACCUUUCCAUCCCUCCUACCUCACUGACCAAUCCCCACCACUCCCUACCUGCACUCACCUAUCAUCGCCCCACCUACCUUUCCCAGCUCCCUUUUCCCUCCCCUAUUUCUGAAGAAGGGUCCCGACCCAAAACAUCGGCUUUCCUGCUCCUCUAACGCUGCCUGGCUUGCUGUGUUGCUCCACCUCCACACUGUUAUCUCUUCUAAAAGAUGGAAAAGCUUGUCAUCAUUGCAGGACAGUUUCUAGGUAUACAGGCUGCUUAUUUGAAGCUCCCAACUCAUGAAACUGUUAAAGGGUGUUUUGGCAGUUAGGACAAGCUAACUUAUGUAGAAGAAAUAGUUUGAGGAAGUGAAUUGAAUUUUAUGGUGAAUCGGAGGCUUCUGAGCAUGGAUUUUAUUAGAAUCAAUACUAUAAAAGGACAUUACAGGUGGAAAAUUACUGAAGCCGAGUUUAAAUCCCUUUUCAAUGAAAGGAAUGGUUAGCAUUCACUUUUUGACAAGGAUGUUAGCACUUGUUUCUUUAUUAAACGAGUGUAGGGCUGAUCUAGUAUAUUCUCUACUUUAAAUGCUGAUUCCUAAUUGUUAAAUGUCAAAGCUAUUAGGUCAGUGUAUUUCAAGCAAUUUUGAAAAAAAAAAAUGCCUAAAUAAAAUGCACAUGAAA